AUGACGGCGGCCAGCCUCCUCCGCCGCCUCCUCCCCAGAUCGCCGCCGGCGCCAGAGCAGAAAGGCAAAGAUCCCCUCGUAUGCAGCCCCCCCGUCCUCCCGCGCGACUCCGUGGCAUGCAGUUGCUUGCGCCGCCUCCUCUUCCUCUCCGACCCCCAAUUCCGACGCUGCUCCCGCAUCCGCCACCGCCGCGGCCCUCCCUUCCUCGGUUUCUUCAUCGACCACGGCGGCGACAGCGACAGCGACGACGACGGCGACGACGACGACAGCGGCGACGACGACAACGACGACGGCGACGAUGGCUACAGCAUCACCUUCGAGCCUGCUCCGGGCGCCCCCUACCGCCUCCCCCGCGGACUCUUCUUCCACAAGAUCCGGUUCGAGGUCCUGGUGUGGGAUCCCGUCGCCGGCCACCAGCGCCUCCUGGCCGUUCCCCCGGAUUUCGAGUUCCAGGGGGGCAAGGGUGAUAUCAGCGGGGCGGUGCUUCGCGCCGCCGGAGACGCCGACCACUUCCGGGUGGUCAUGGUAGGCAGCAACGGGAAGCAGCCUAGAGCAGUGCUCGCCUGCGUUUACUCGUCGGAGACCGGCGCAUGGGGCGAUUUCAUCUCGGCGCCGCUUCCAUCCGAGGGUUUGUUCAUUUUCAGGUCCCAGCCCGCUGUGCUGGCAGGGGAUUGCCUUCACUGGUCGCUUACCAUGGCGGGUUCGAGAAGUAUCCUCAAGUUUGAUUUGAACAGGAAGAGCCUAGAUCUGAGGCUGCUGCCAGGGGAUUAUUACACCCCGCUCAGUCCUGUCAAAUUCGCGGUUAUGCGAGCAGAGGGUGGUGGGAUGGGUUUCCUCUUCUUAUUCGGCUUUACCGCCGAAUUAUGGAGUCUGAAUCCCAAUCGCGACGGUGUUAUGAUAUGGGAGCCAGGGAGAAGUAUUGAGCUGGACAAGUUACUUCGACUAAAUCCAAAGAAAGAUCCCCCACAGGUGAUAGGGUAUGCCGAGGAAAACAAUGUGGUGUUCUUCUGGACAGUUGUUGGUGUCUUCAUGGUCCAUCUCGAGUCAUGGCGGUUCAAGAAGCUCUCUAAGACUAGUCUCGAUUCUUGGUACCAUCCAUUUGAAAUUGCCUAUACUCCAGGUAGCAUUCAUUUACACUCUGGAUAUGGCAAAACAGAGUUAAUUUUUGAUUACAUGUUGUUCACAUUCUUCCGUGUGAAAUUAACGAUUUUAAGUAGUUGUCAUACUCAUAUCAUGUUUUCGUUUCAAUGGACACCGAGAUUGGCUUAUUCUUUCUAUAAUAUAACUGAACAAAGUUUCACUCUUGCUUGCCUACUGAAAUAUGCAAGAGCUGUAUCAUGGUAG